CUGCUGUAGCUAUGAGCCGCUUUAAAUUCAUCGAUAUCGGUAUUAACUUGACAGAUCCUAUGUUCAGAGGCAUUUACAGAGGUACACGGAAACAUCAAGUUUGUGAGAACUUCAACCCUAAUCCAGUCCAUCUCUUCUGCUGAAGACAAGAUAGCUGGCUUCACUUUGUUCUAGCUAUCCAAUUAUUUAUGUCCAAAGACUAUUCAUACCAUAUUAAGCAUAAUACAUCAAAGUUAAACAGCAAUGCAUAUGAAAUACACACGGGUUUUUAGCGUGCAUUUCUUUAUGCUACAGAGUCACUGGAAUCAACUUUGUCAUAUCAGCAGGAGUUGCAUUUAUGGCAGUAUUUUAAAUCUUUCAUUGGUCUUUUUUGUAAACCUGAUAAUUGUUCUUAUAGUACAUGGGCAAAUGAUAGGAGCAUAUUCAAAAUACAAAUAAGUAUUGGUUUGUUUAGAUUCCUGAAGAUACUUUCCCUCAGUCUGUUGCUGUUUUAUGAGGUGGAAGGAUAAAGUAGCUAAGAAAUAUGGCUGUAAGAAAUAUACAAAGUUAUAAAAUAACAUUGUAGUAAAAGAUACAGAGUAGAGCCAGAUAAUUAUUUUUUUAUAAAUGGCUUUUUGACUAAAUGGAAAUGUUUUUGAGAACAUUUCCAUUUUUCAUUAAAAAAUUGUAAAUGAAAAAAAAUCUCUAUUUUUUCAGUUUUGUUAGGUGGCGAAAAGUCUACUUUCUUUCACUUUUUUUAUUCUCUCCUCUCCAUUUUCUAGUGGAAAACAGUGGGAGAAAGUUUAAAGAAAAAGUGAAUGGGUUUUUUCCCCCCACUGAAACAAAACUAUUUUUUUAAUUGAAAAAUAACAUUUAGUUUCUUUUGAAAAUGUUCAUGAAAGAUGCUGACCCUUUUUCCAACCAACUCGAAAGCAGAGUUAUUUAGAGAAGCUAAAGGGAAAUUAGACAAUUUCUCCACUUACCAAAGAACUUGUAAUUCAUUUUCAUUCUUCUCAAUUCCUUAAAUAAACAGCAUUUGGUUUAACUGCAGCCUUUCAUUUGGAUUUGAUUUCAAUGUUGGAGAACAAGUAUUGAGUGACCAUGCAGGCAGCUCAGUUCUUGAGGGAGGAACAGAAAAUCAUUGUAGGUCACAGUCACACCUACACGUUAAGCAACACAUUCUCUACCCAUAGAGACAGCUCAGCAGAUGGGGGUCCAUUUGGGCAGAGUGAGCUGUCAGACUGUUGGUGUGCUGGGACACGGUGACCCACUAUUAACUACUACUUUCAGCAAACACAUUUUUCAGACAUAGAGCUCAAGACAGCGUUUACGUAACUAGGUCCUGAUCCAAAGCCCAUUGAAGUGUAUGGAAAACAUCCUGUUAACUUAAAUAGGUUUUAGAUCAGGUUCUUAGUCAUUUGCAUCCUCCUCCUAUUUGCCUUCCUAAAGAUUGACUAAUUGUUUGUGUCCAAAGAUUAUUCAUACCAUGUUAAGCAUAAUAUUAACUAUACAUAAAUGGCUUUAUUGCAAAGGAAUGUGCAAGUUAAAUUAUGUUUUAAGAACUGGACUUUAAUUUACCAGAUUUUUACUUUUGCAGAUGACUUUUUGGAUGUAAUAGAGAGAGCAGUCAAAACUGGUGUUAAAAAGUUUAUGAUUACAAGUGGAAAUCUACAGGACAGUAAAGAUGCAUUGCAGCUGGCACAGACAAACGACAUGUUUUACAGUACGGUUGGCUGUCAUCCCACCCGCUGUGGAGAAUUUGAGCAGAGUGACCCUGACCAAUAUUUAGCUGAAUUGCAAAAUCUAGCUGAAAAAAAUAAGGGGAAGAUCAGAGCAAUUGGGGAAUGUGGCCUGGAUUUUGAUAGAUUAGAAUUUUGCCCUAAAGACACCCAACUCAAAUACUUUGAAAAGCAAUUUGACCUGUCAGAGCAAACAAAAUUGCCAAUGUUUCUCCAUUGUAGAAAUGCACACACUGAAUUUUUAGAGAUAAUGAGAAGGAAUAGAGAUAGAUGUAUGGGAGGAGUGGUACAUUCAUUUGAUGGCACAAAGGAAGAAGCAGCUGCUAUAAUUGAUUUGGAUCUCUAUAUAGGAAUAAAUGGUUGCUCACUGAAAACAGAAGCCAAUUUAGAAACACUGAAGUCAAUUCCUAGUGAAAGAUUAAUGAUAGAGACUGAUGCUCCCUGGUGUGGUGUGAAAAAUACUCAUGCUGGGUCAAAGUGUAUAAAAACAACAUUUCCCACAAAAAAGAAAUGGGAAGUAGAGCACUGCUUGAAGGACAGAAAUGAACCUUGCCAUAUAAUUCAGGUACUGGAGAUAAUGACAACAGUAAGAGAGGAAGAUCCACUUGAACUGGCCAACACUCUUUACAACAAUACUAUUAAAGUCUUCUUUUCAGAUAUGUAAUGCUAUGUUUUUUACCUUUAUUUUGUAUGCAAAGCCUGUUAACCUUACUAUAAAACUUAAAAUAUAAUAGUACUUUUGUUGUUGUUCCAGAAGUAGGUUUCUGGUUUGUUUGAGGUAUGACAAGAUUAAACCUGUCGUUGUAAACCUCAAAUACUGAACAUCUAAAGCAAGGAUUCUUGCAACAAAUUUUUGGUGGCCUCAGAGUGUGGCUACCUGAUUGUUUGUUUUUCCUAAAGUUAAAUAUUUUAAGAAAAAUGAAGACAUAUACAUAUCCAAAUCCCUGUAAUUUAUUUAUGUAGGGUUUUUUGCAAACUCAAUAAAAAAAAUACAAUUGUG